UGCUUAACCAUAACAAAUGACAGCAGUAUCUAGCUAGCAAGAUUCCGGAUAAGAGCGGCCGUUGAGCUCGGUUUGCAAGUUUGUAUUUGUGAGGAAUUGGGGACUAUGAAUUUUGAGCCAUACCUUGUUUACUUUAGAGAGAUGUAAAGGAUGGAGGAAAUGAGGCUCACCAAAUUACAGCCAGGCGCGCUAGGGGAGAUUUGGUUCUAUCUUGGAUUAGAUGUCUGGGUGUGGGCUGUUGCUUGUGAUUCCUUAUCUCUUCUUCCCGCCGGAUAUUACAUCAUAACACACAACUUCAUGAUUCUUGUGGGGUUGUGUGGGGUUGUGGGCUUGGCCAGAUUGGCUAACUGCCAUUAAGACCCAACCAUCCCACAUGCAUCUCCUAUUUCUUUUACUUUUCUCUAUUUAUAACCCCAUACAUCCCCAUGGCACAGGAGGAAAGGAGAGAAGGGGGAGAAAGAGAGGUUUCAAUCUUUAGAAACUAAAGAUUUCCUUUCUUGAUUUCUUGCAAAAAAAAGAAAAGCUGACUCACUAACUCUGUUCCCAAUUUCUAGUUUUGAGUAUAUGAGAAGACAUGGAAGUGGCUGUUGAGCUAGAAGAUGAUCUGUUUUUUGCUGACUUAAGCAAGCAAAUCUCUCUGCUAAUCAUGGAUGAUGAUGAUGAGGACGCAGUUGCUACAUGCCCUUCAGUUUCUUUCCAGACAUUCUCCGGAGCAAAUUAUCCAAUAGCACAAUCUCCAUAUGUUGAACACCAAAUCUGCAGAAGAGAAAGCAGCAAAGGCACAGGAGUUUUUAUCCCAAGGUCAUCACAGCCAAGAAGGAAGCAUAAGCAAGGAAGAUACAGUUCAUUGAGCACAAAGUCUAACAGGCAGCAUGAUAACAGUACAAAAAAGGUUUCUCAAACAUCUUACAACAAUUCAUUUAACCCAAGGAAAUAACUACUAAUCCCCUUUGUCGACAGCUGCUGAAGGCAAGGCAGGUUUAAGGAUUUUAUAGUUGUGUACAUUAGAGAAUAAUUGAUUCUGCUCCUAGUAGUGGGUCAUGAAGACCUUGACCAAAGGGUCUGCCUCCUUAAAUCAUGGAAAUGUAUGGUAAUUGUUAUAUAAGUGUGAUAUCGUAAAAAAUAUGUACUUGUAAUUUGAUUUUAUAUAUUAAUUUAGAUAAAUUUUUUUCUUUCUUUUCUCAUUUUAUUUGGCCAAAGCAUUGAAUAUCCAAUUAUGCAACCUUCGACAAAGAGGCAUUUUCUCAAGGCACAAACUUGAUUCAUAUAAAAUUCCAUAAAAGGAUGUUAGUGCUAAAAUUUUAAUCCAUAAAGCUAUAUGAUUUUUAGUUUCUGCUGAACUCCUUCGUUGUGAAGUCUGCAGAUUUGCACAAAUUUAAAACAUGAGAAAGAAUGAACAAGAGGAAAUAUUUUAAUCAAAGCCAUGGACCAUUGGUUGUAUCAAGGCACUGCCGUUUCCACAUUCAUGCACAUAUUCAACCAUUUUAGCUAGAAAAUUUGACUCCACCAACAUAAAUAAUGAAUAUUCUUGUCCAUCUGUAUUAUUGGCAGCAUUUGUGAGAAAAGAUAUAGUAUUGUUGUUUGCAGACAGAUGAACACCACAUUCAAAGCUUGUUUCCUUACCCUAGUAUUAUUGUGUAGAUAUCAGUGAAUCAAUAUGAAAGUUGCCUGUAGAUUUUCAUUCAAGCUGUGUAGAAUCAUGACCAAAUAAGUGGGGGACCUUCUGUCCUGUAUAAUGGUAAUGUGUAUUCGCAGAAAUCUUGAUAGCUUGUUGAGCAUCAGGCAUUUCUGCAAUUCCAACAAGAUAAAAAGUACGUGUAAAUGAUAAAAGCUUUUAUGAUUGUUUCAGAUUGUGGAAAGUCCGGCCUUUUCUUGUUAG